AGCGAGCGAGCGAGCAGUUGCAAAAGAGGGAGCAAAGUUGCAGCUGAACCACACACGGGACCAUGGAGCAGAGUAACAAUUCAGAGGAGGAGGCAGUGGGUCCCUCUGAAGAUGAUGCACUGCCCAGUCUUCCUCCUGGCCUCUCGGACUCCCAGGCGGUGGAGCUGCUGUGGCAGGUGCGGGCCCAGCGGCGGCAGCCCUCGCCGACCCUCCCGGACACAGUCACCCGCCUGACGGCGCCCGACGGAAGCCUGGUGUACCUGGUGGGCACGGCGCACUUCAGCGACAGCAGCAAGAGGGACGUCGCCACGACGAUCCGGGCCGUGCAGCCGGACGUGGUGGUGGUGGAGCUGUGCCAGUACAGGGUGUCCAUGCUGAAGAUGGACGAGAAGACGCUGCUGAAGGAAGCCAAGGACAUCAACCUGGAGAAGGUCCAGCAGGCCAUCCGACAGAAUGGAGUGAUGUCAGGCCUGAUGCAGAUUCUGCUGCUGAAGGUGUCAGCCCACAUCACAGAACAGUUGGGCAUGGCCCCUGGGGGCGAGUUCAGGGAGGCCUUCAGGGAGGCCGGGCGCGUGCCCUUCUGCAAGUUCCACCUGGGCGACCGGCCAAUCGCAGUGACCUUCAAGCGCGCCAUCGCGGCGCUUAGCCUGUGGCAGAAGGUGCGGCUUGCGUGGGGCCUGUGCUUCCUGUCUGACCCAAUCAGCAAGGAGGACGUGGAGAAGUGCAAGCAGAAGGACUUGCUGGAGCAGACCAUGUCGGAGAUGAUCGGCGAGUUCCCCGCGCUGCACCGCACCAUCGUGGCCGAGCGCGACAUCUACCUCACGCACACGCUGCGGCAGGCCGCCCGCUGCGUGGAGGCGCCCCCUAAUGCAGAGAAAGUGCCUGCGGUGGUGGUCGGGGUUGUGGGAAUGGGUCACGUUCCCGGCAUAGAGAGGAACUGGGACAAGCAGCUCAACAUCCAGGAGAUCAUGAGUGUGGCCCCGCCCUCUCGUUUUGGCUGGGUGUUACGGACAGCCCUAAAGGGGGCGGUGCUGGGGGUGCUGGGCUACGCCUGCUACCGGGCGGGAGGGGGCGUGGGCAGGGCCCUCCUCUCCGUCCCCGCUGUCCAGUCACUGCUCAAUAGCCUGCGACCGCCCCCUGCCCCCUGACUGCGGGCGCCACGCCCCCCUCCCAGCGCCCCCCCUGACAGAGACUGCGUAUGACACCGAUGGCCUUAAACACAAGGGGUGGGGGUUCACCCCAGGGUUUCUGGGAAUCCAUGCUGAAUUCAGAGGGCCAGGGCUUAGGCCCGCCCUCUCUCCCCCAGCCCCGCCCACCCCAUGGUUUCCUCUGCGUGUGGAAUCAGAACAGUGCUGCUGAAACCCGGACAGAGUUCAUUUUCCCAGACUAUUGCAAACAAAACCAGGAUUUUGUAGGUUUUACAUGUGCCGCCUCAACUGGCUUUUUACCCCCACGUUCACGAUUGGCCGCUUCCGACGGAGGAGGACUGAUAUCCACCAAUAGGACAGCUGCACAGACCUGCAUUCCUCUUUCAGACACGGCAGACUAAAUCCCAGCUGUGUGUGUGUGAGUAUCGAGUAUAACUGCUGCUGCACCUCAUUUCGGACUGAUCCCAUAUCAACGAUCAUGGAGGUGGCUGAGCCGGGUGACUUGCCAAGUGCUGAUCAGAGAUCAGUCGGGAUCGUGGGAUUAUAGAGGAGGCCUCUGUAUGCAUAGAUGGGGGAACAGCAGUUAGAUGCAGCUCCGUAAGAGAGUAAAAGUGCUCCAGCAACCACCUUAUUUAAAACCAGUCCUGAAUCAUAUUUACCAAAAGGAGUUCUUGGUUCUGAUCAUGCCUGGGCCUGAUGGAGACUCUAGUGCCUCCUGGUGGUUCUGGCACACCUGAGCUUCUCCCUUGGUCAUUGCAGACUACAAACCCAAGUAUCUUUUUUAGUAUAAGCAUACUUUAAAUUCAAAUUAGCAAUUACUUUGUUCCUUCUGAUAUAUUACCUCUAUAAAAAUGGCUUCUCCAUUAGUGUUACAGACUCAGUAUAGUUCGGUGCCAAUGUAACCAGUGCACUUUGUCACACUGAUUGUAGGCAGGGUAAUGGUCAGCACCCCAUGAGGGAACUGGUGUUCACAGAACAACCAGGAUGGUCACUAUGAGUGUAGUAACGUGAUACAAAUGUGUCAUAAAAGCAUAAUGGGUGCUGCAGUAAAAUCACUAGCCAUAAUCACACGCCAGAGGAAAAAUGCCCAGUUUAAAUCUGUUCUAGGCUGAUCAUGGUUUUACCGUGUUUGGCGGUAAACCUGGCAGCGGUUGCUGUAGCACUUUUCUCUCUCAUGGCUGACCCUGCAGACUACCCCCGGCUGCUGCAGCUGUUCUUCCUCAGGCGGCAAGAACGUGGGCGGGGCUGACAUAUCGUAUGCACAUGCGACCGGACAGUGCCUCCCCCCCCC